GAAUCUCGGCUUUUGGCUGCUAGAAUUUCUGAAUGAUUGGUUAUAAAAUUAUAUUGCACUUUCAUGGCUCAUAAAUAGUUUUGCUUAAAUCUAACGGACAUGCCGGUCCGUUAUUCGAGAAAAGCACAUUUUCUUUUUAAAGUUGCAUUUGUAUAUAAAUACUGCUAGGCACAAGUUAGACCCGCAUACUCAAUUGGAUAUUUAACGUGUCAACAUUACUUCGAAAUUUCAACAGAAAAAAUAUAUUUUGUGUUAGCAAUGAAAUGGAUCAGCCUGUUGGCAGCAAUUUCUACAACUGUGGGGUCAGGUGCCAGAGCAUCAUUGAUGAAAUGUACGUGUGAGCCUGGUGCGCCUGGUCCUAUGGGGCCACCAGGACCAAGAGGAGAUCCCGGUUAUGGUGCAUCGCCGUACUAUCCUCCAGCACGCGGUCCACCUGGUCCUCCAGGACCUCCUGGUAUCUGCGGCUGUCCUUGGUAUCCGCCGUACUUUGGUGGAGGUGGCGGUGGUGGUGGCGGCGGUGGAGCUUUCCGUAUUUUGCGUGGAGAUCUACCAGGUUUGCAGGGUUUAUCGGCAGAAAAUCUGAUCGUACUGACCUCACCGAACAGCGGCCAGUUUAAUCCGAACACACUUGCGAGUAUCUUGUCGACCACUGCCAGACCGGUUUCUACGAGCUUGAAUAGCGUUCAAUAUCCACCAAACACUUUGAUUGUGGUUGGUGCAAAUGGUGAACUUAUUCCGGUCAAUAGCGUACGUGGCGGUAUAAAUGUAUCACCAACGCCCAGUAGAGUGCCAUUUGGCAGUUUUAAUACUGGCCUCCAACAUACAACUACAGAGUCUUUGCCCUUGAGUGGGCUAUUUGCACGUCCUAUUAAUCUAGGAACCACCGAUUUUGACCAGUAUCGCCGUCAAGUGCUACUCGGCGAGGCUAAGCGUAAUGAAUCUGGCCAAACGUCUACAAUAAGUGCGGAAACCGAAUUGAAUGCUGCUGGUGAAGAGAACAAUGCAAACGCCGAGAGAUUUCAGUAUCAAGAAAAUUCCCAACUUUAUACGAACCAAGCUGAAGACAGCGUGGAAGAGUUCCAGCGAGCGGUGGAAGAACUUCGUCAAAGGUUCGCGCACUUGAAUAAGGCCGCGAACGGACAAGGUCAAGACCAGAAAAUUGCAAUAAUAUUGUAA